AUGUCGCCGCUGAGCCUCCACCUUCCCAAAAUAGAAUCUCAAGGGCUGGGAAGCAAUGAGCGCAGGAUGUCACCGUCGAGAUCCAGGAAGCGCCCUUCGGGGCCGCAGCCCACCACCGCGCUCGCAAAGAAGUGGCACUGCCCCGCGCCCGCGGUGCUGGCCUCGGAUGACGUCGCCGGCGCGGCGGCACCCUCGUCGCCGUCCUCCUCCUCCUGGGCGUCGCUUCCAGGGGAUAUGGUUCGACAGAUAGCUUGGCGCGUGCUGGCCGGCGAUUUUCUGGAUUACGUCCGCCUCCGCGCCGUUUGCACCAGUUGGCGGUCCGGCACUGUGUGCCCGCGCGGCCGCGGCGUCACCGAUCCACGCUUCCACCCGCGCCGCUGGAUGAUGCUGCCGGAGGGCCACGGUCUCUACCCCGGCCACCGAAAGCUUGGCGGCUACAUCCGCUUCUUCAACCUUGACGCCGGAGCCCUCGCCCGUGUCGAGCUCCCCCUGUUCAAGAACCACUGCGCUCUGGAAUCGGUCGACGGCCUCCUCCUCCUCCAGAGAGACCAAGACACGGCCAUCCGCCUCGUCCACCCUUUCACUCGCGACAUUGUUGAGCUCCCACCGCUUGCCACCCUCCUCACGCAGCUGGGCGACGAUCUCCGCAGCGCACACACCGACCCCGAGCUGCGGAAAUGGUACUAUAUCAGAUACUGCGUGUGUGCUUCUGUUUCCUGCAGCGGUGGAUCCGUCGUCGUCAUGCUCGCGUUCCGUCGUCUGAUGUGCGUAGCCUUUGCGACCUCCGACUCCCAAGACCAGCAAUGGACCAUGCCAAGCUGGGAAGUCCCAUUCAACAUUGCGCCCUUGGCAUUCCAAGGCAGGCUAUACUUUGUGCACCAUCCUACAACUAAUGGGUCGCUGGUUUUCCAGAUCAACCCGCCCCUGCAGGUUGGCUCGCCGCCACUGCCGCCAAAGCUGAUCGCCACAUGUCCGGCAGAUAAACUCUACAGGGGCUCACAUCUGGUAGAAUGCAACUCACAGAUCCUGCUUGUUGGCCAUGGCGACAUUUCCUUAAAGCACAUUGUGAUUUACAAACUCGAGGACCUUAUCUUGGAAAGGUUUAUCCCGGUGACAAGCAUCGGAGACCGUGCCCUCUUCCUCCAAGGGAAGUGCCUGAGUGUCUCCUCCACGGCGCUGCCUACUGUCAUGUCUGAAACUGUUGUCUACACCCAUCCAAUAUACUAUCAUUAUGCACAAUACCACCUCAGGACUGGUGCUUGGUCGCAACCAAUCGACACAUGCGGUCUAAAUGGCUUUAACCCGGGUCCUCGUAGCCUCAUCCACCAUGUCAUUACUUGCUGCAUUCGCAAUGUCUGGAACAAAGGGCUGUUAUAUUCGAAAAGGCUAGAAAAUAGGCUUCCAACGCUUCUUUGGAAGGUGAAGAGAAAGCUUCGUUAUUGGUCAUAAAAGGCCCUUGUGACCAGAAGCUGGUGGAUGCAUGGAUUUCCUUGGCGCCAAGAAGGGAGACUAGUUACACUCGUACCUCCUCGUCGUCUCCUUGUUGCUAGAACUUUUCUCAUGACACCUAUUGUGAUGAUACUGUAGCUCUGACAAAUUUAAAUAUGCUUACCUUCUGCUUUUCAGCAAUCAUGUAUUAGCUCGGAUAGAUGAAGCACAUGAUGUUUUAUUUUAUUCCUGUCUUGUUUCCUUUUUUAA